GUCAGAAUUUUUCAACACUUAUAGAAUGGAACAUGUCACUAUUAGACCUCCCGGUCAUCCCACUGCUAAAGCUAGACCCCCCCUUAGGGGACGCGUCAAGGCUACUAUAUUACGAACUGUCAUAAAAGGCAUUGUUCCUGUAUACCGGGGCGGAAAUGGAGGCGGAAAUGGAGACGUACCGUAUCUUUAUAGUGAUGAAGAAGAAGAGUUGCCUUUGAUUAGUGUGGAAGAGUUGCCUUUGAUUAGUGUGGAAGAGUUGCCUAUGGUACGAGUAGCGUCUAGACUACUUCAAGAAGCCAAAGAAGCCACAAUCCCAACCAAAUUUUCUGAAACAAAUAAACUACAUUUUGAGGACUUACCAAACUUGAGGAGUUUAUCAUCUGGUGAAACUAUCGAACUGCCAUCUUUGGAGCAUGUGAUUGUGAACCACUGCCCCAACUUGAAGAAGUUCGGUUUGGGAACAAUAAAAAGCUCACAACUGAAGUCACUCAUCUUAGACGAUCAAGUUCAAGGUGAAGACAAUAUUGAUACAAAGAUUGCCCAUAUUUUUUAAUUUUUGGUCAGUUCUCCUCUCCUAAAACACUUUGUUAAGUACCGAAAAAUACAAACAUAGA